AUGGCCAAGGCAGGGAACCCUGGGCCCAGAACCAUUUCCGCUGUGGUAGAGGACAUCGGCUAUGGUCAGAGUCAGUUCUUCACGAGCUUUAUCGUGAACGGCGCGUGGUUGGCAGAUGGAGCCGAGCUGUUGGUUUUGAGUUCGAUCUCGACGACCUUGUCAGCGGAAUGGAAUCUCACUGCAAUCCAGCGGGGCUGGCUACUGUCAGUCGUCUACUUGGGCGUCCUUGUUGGGAACAUUGUCAGCGGCAUUUUAGGCGACACGCUGGGACGCCGGCAUGCUGUGCUGGUUUGCUUUCCCAUGGUGGCUCUGCUCAGUCUGGCAAGUGCAGGAGCCUCGAGCUUCUGGAUGCUCUUGCCGCUCCGCUUCUUCGUCGGAGUGGGAUUUGGCACGGGGCAGCCCAGUGCUGUGGCGAUCCUGAUGGAAAUCUCGCCGGUCCAGUCCAGAGCCUUGAACCAAGGGCUGGCACAAACGGCCUUUGCAAUGGGAGAGCUUUACUGCUGCUUCGUCAUGUGGCUCGAUGAUCCCAGUUUGCAGCAGCUGAACUGGAGACGAAUGUUGAUGGCCAACGCCAUCCCGGCUUUCAUCUUUUGGUUGGUUGCCUGGGCUCUUCUGCGGGAGUCUCCAGCUUUCUCGGCGGCUGCAGGCAAGCGUGAGGAAGCGCUGGACACCCUAGAUGCCAUGCGGAAGCGCAACGGACGCCCCGAUGUCGACAUAGAUUUUGAGAGUGUCCAAGAGACGAGUAGCCCAGCAUCGGCUUCUAUAUGGAAGCAACUGCCCAAGAUCAUCAGCCUCUCAACAGCGGUUCUCUGCCUGGUGUGUUUUUCCUACAAUCUCACGAUCUACGGAGCAUUUACGGCUUUUCCCCAACUGCUGCCGCAACUGCUGAAAGAGACGCGCGAAAGCCCUGUUCUCGAGCUUACAAGGGGUGCCUUUGCCGAGAUACCCGGUGAUUUGUUCGGUCUCCUGGCUGGCUUGGCUCUGCCGCGAAAGUGGGUGCUCUACGGUUACUUCACUGGCUUGGGCAUCUCCAGCCUGCUGUUUUGCAGCAGCAGCGAAUCGCUCAUUCGGCUGGGCUAUUAUGGCAGCAAAGCUUUUCCUCAAGUUGGCUCCGUGUCUAUCUACGUCCUCGCUGCUGAGAGCUACCCCACAGUCGUACGAGCCUGUGGAACAGCAACGGUACUGAGCUUUGGUCGGAUUGGUGCCUUCAUCGCACCCGUGUUUUACGAGUUCCUGCUCAGUACCUGUGGAACACAUGAAGCAUUUUUCUACCUGUCAGCGGGACUGAUGCUCGUGUGCUUCGUGCUCACGGCAUCACUAGUCCCAGAGACGUUUCGUGGAGUCCUCGUCUACACAGAUCCUACAUUCCAAGAGACCGUCCCCAUCGCCGCCAACGUCAAAACCACACAUGGGACGAUGCCUCUCCGAGAAGACAUGCCGGCCGAACCUCGCAACGUUUGCGGACAUGUUUCCCUUCAGGAUCUGGAGCAACUGGGUCUGCCCAACGUCACAGCUGUGAACUGGGGGCAGUGGCAUGGUCCCUAUGCCCUCCCUCCCGAGCGUUUGGUACUGUGUGCCAGCGGGAAUGCUUUUCUGUGGCUGCAUGGAGGUGCGACUCCCCAUCCGCUAAACCAAACACUGGUAUCAACGCUUUUCUCUUCACUGCCGCACAUGUGGCCACCGCGGCGUGAACAGCAUGGGAGCUUCAUUUGGAUUCUCGACCAGGGUUACAACUUGAUCAUCGCACCAACCAUGCAGGAGCUACCCGGCAAGGGCCUUCGCGAGGUCAAGCACGGAGACUUGUGCCCUGGCAAGACCUUCUUCGGCGAGAACGCUGCUUCCGGACCAUACCGAGGCGUUGCUCGACUCGGGGGUGAGUUCAAUCUGGCCGGCAAUGGCAACGGUUCCGAGUGGAUUAUGCAUGCGAAAUCUGGAUACACGGCUUAUCGUGUUGCGACAGAAACGGCUGCUGAGUAUUAUCUCGUGCAGCAAGAGGCAGGCAGAAACGACAGUGACAUUGCUCGGAAUUUCCAAAGAUGCGUUUUUCGCCAGAUCUUCCGAGCCAAAGAGCCACUGAUGCGACUGUUCUGCUUCUUGCGUGCGAAGCUGUCCGUCGAUGCAGCGCUUGGUGAGAUUCGGAGGUGCGACAUUCGAUCUGCGGUCUCCGGAGGUUUGCCAGACCUGAAGCGCUGCAGGCUCAGACCCAGCAAUUCUUCGGGCUGUUUGGCACAGAAGGCAGACCCAGCAUCCGCGACCGUGGUGCAUCUGAUUGACUGGUACGCGCCUGGGCAAGACAGGUGCAACAUGACAACUGAAGAGUUCGGCACCCGGCUUCAGAAAGUUGGAGAGGACGUUUUCCGACACGGGCAGUCAGACCCUUCAGGCCCAAGACCUCCUUCGGACGUCUUGGAGGUAAAGAAGCGAAUCAAGGGUUUGCGGAAGCACUCCUGCCUGUUCGCUCCAGAAUUCACCAGCCUGCUUGGUUGCAACGUCCACGGCUGUUUCGGGGAAGGCUUCACCAGGAAGCUCAAAGCUGUUGAACAGCUUCUGCCUGAUGAUCCUCCUGCAGCUUCCAGGUCUUGGCAAGUGGCUGCCCAGGCCUGGAGUCAGUGCAAAAGGCUUUGA